GUUCUGCUCCUGCCGAAAGCUUAAAAGCUCAACGGAGGUGUCCGAUCCCAAGAACCAGAAAACGAGCGGAAGAAGGCGAAGGAUUUCGCCUUUAACUUGAAAGUUGAUCAGAAGCCUUCUGGGUUUCACUUUCAGGCCGCUACGGGGAGCCUGCCAGAAAGAAGCUUGUCAAGCUGUUGGCUUCCUAAUCCGUCAACCUCAGCGAUUCGUAACCUGUCGUUUUCGACGAAAACGAAGAGAAACGAACAAUUGCGUGAAACCCAGUUGUCUAUCUGCUGACGGGACAGCCAAGAUAGAUAGAGCUUGAAGGAGGCAACUUCCAGGCAGGAUUUAUAUAUUGGACGUUGUUUUGAGUUGUCAUUACGGCCUUCUCUGUCAUUAGCUGCUCCAUUCUACAUUCAUCGGGUGGAUACCUAAGAUGGGGAAUUUAUUCUGCUGCGUAAAAGUCGAUCAGUCAACAGUAGCAAUCAAGGAACAAUUCGGAAAGUUUGACGAUAUUCUUCAACCAGGGUGCCACUGCCUGCCUUGGAUUCUAGGAAGUCAGUUAGCAGGGCAUCUUACACUUCGAGUCCAGCAGUUGGAUGUGAAAUGUGAAACCAAGACUAAGGACAAUGUCUUUGUCAAUGUUGUUGCAUCUAUUCAAUACCGUGCCCUGGCAAACAAGGCGAAUGAUGCAUUUUACAGACUUAGCAACACCAAGGGCCAGAUCCAAGCUUAUGUUUUUGACGUGAUCCGAGCAAGUGUACCGAGGCUCAACUUGGAUGACGUUUUUGAGCAGAAGAAUGAGAUCGCAAAAGCCGUGGAAGAUGAACUUGAAAAGGCCAUGUCCACCUAUGGGUAUGAGAUUGUACAGACACUGAUUGUUGACAUCGAACCAGACGAGCAUGUGAAGCGAGCAAUGAAUGAAAUUAAUGCAGCGGCAAGACUGAGAGUAGCAGCAAAUGAGAAGGCCGAAGCUGAGAAGAUCCUGCAGAUCAAGAGAGCUGAAGGUGAGGCAGAAUCAAAGUAUCUUGCCGGGCUCGGUAUUGCUCGUCAGCGUCAAGCAAUUGUUGAUGGCUUGAGAGAUAGCGUGCUGGGCUUCUCAGAGAAUGUUCCCGGGACCACUGCGAAGGAUGUUAUGGACAUGGUCCUCGUCACACAAUACUUCGAUACUAUGAAGGAAAUCGGUGCUGCCUCUAAGUCCUCGGCUGUGUUCAUUCCACAUGGGCCUGGUGCCAUUCGUGAUGUCGCCACUCAGAUUCGCGAAGGGCUUCUCCAGGCUUCUGCAGUUAAUUGAAUGCGUGCACAAACCAAUCUAAAAGGAUCCGAUUAGAAAAGGGCAAGAUAUAUUUUAUUGUCGUGGUGAUUGCUGCUAGGUCAUUACUGUACAUGUUGGAUGCAAAAUCCUACCCAGGCCAAGUCUAGGUGCUUCUCUAUGGCAUGGAGGAGCUUAUCUUGUGGUUCUAUAAUCUGGUGUCACUGUAUCCGUCUGAAACUCUUGGUUUCGAAGUUUGAUCUGUUUGAGUGAUUGUGCAUCUCUCAUUAUCAACUUCUCAUGUACCAAAGGAACAACGUGGGUUAUUUUUCAUGUUCUGUGCACAGGUCAUAGGUUUCUCGAGCAAGAAUCACAGUGUUAUGCUGCCUUCUCAA